UCAAUGGAUCUGUCUUCUUCGUCUUCCUCCAACUCCUCCUCCACUUGCCCUAUUUGUUUUCGAAGCAUCCCGUCCCUCCAACUCCAGAGACAUGCCAACGAUCAUUUCGCCGAUGAAGAUGAAGAAAAAGAAGAUUGUGGCCCAAAUUUCGUAUCGCCGCACCAAAUCCCUUCUAUUCCCCCGCCCCCCUCUCCGAUUGCUGAUGGUUUAUUGGAAUGCACAAGUUCUUGGGACAAUCCUCAACUUCAUAGUAGUUCUUAUGAAGGGGGAGAUGUUGAUGAAAGAAUUGCUUCUUUGAUCGGCUCUUGGAAUAAGGAGACAUUCUAUGUGGUUGAAGGUGGCUUGAUGACUUUGUUGAAAAAGUGUUUGGAAUUAGAAUCAGGAAAGACCUUAACUGUGUUGUCUGGGCAUGUUGAUCAUUUUCAGAGCAUCGAAUCCUGGGAUGUUGGCUGGGGAUGUGGUUGGCGAAAUAUACAAAUGCUUAGUUCUCAUUUGCUCAGCCAACGACAGGAAUCAAGGGAGGUCCUCUUUGCUAGGUCUGGCUUUGUGCCUAGUAUUGGAUCGCUCCAAAGAUGGCUAGAAUUAGCCUGGGAAAAAGGUUUCGAUACUACCGGCUCAAAGGAUUUUGGUCAGAAAAUUGUUGGCAAGAGGGAUUGGAUAGGAACCACAGAAUGUGCUGCCCUUUUCCGUUCCUUUGGGGUGCGUGCUAGGAUAGUGGAUUUUUCCACCAAAGAUUUUGAAGUUUCUUGGUUAGGCUUGGGCAAGAGGAAGAGCACCCAGGUGUAUGGACCAAUGGACACAUUUCUCUCAAAGGGGAAGCUAGAUUUAUCACCUGCAGUUCCUUCUCGAGAAGAGUUCCGGCAGCAGCCUAACAUUUCUUCUGAGAAGGUUCAGAGGGGUCAUCAGGUUCUCACUGCGUGGAUCUGGAGAUAUUUCUCUGGAGAAAAUGCCAACAGGGGCAAUCAUGGCGUCGUUCUUAGUGAGAAAGCUCCUCUGUACUUCCAACACGAUGGCCAUUCUCGAACCAUUGUUGGCAUACAAGCCAAGUAUCAGAGAAAUGGGAUGCGACAGUACAACUUACUUGUGUUUGAUCCUGCUCAAGCAUUGGUUGUGUGGUGCUGGAUCUUAAAACACAAAGCCCAUAUCAUUGCUGCAGAGAACAAGGGAUCUGGAAGCAUCGCUGAGAGAGAAUUCUGGAUGGCAGAGGUUAAUAAAGAGGGGGGAGCACACCCUGAAGAAGCCACAGUACCAGUUGUGCUAUAUUGAGGAGGGAAUAGCACAUGGGGAAGAGUUGGAGGAACUGAAGACUCUACACAGCACCCGCUGUGAAAUUUGAUGACGAUGAUUCAUGAUGUGUAGAGAGAGCUAGCUCAUUAGUGAUCUCUACAUACAGUCAAGACUCAAGACAGUUGUCAGUCAGUCCAUCCCGGGGACAAGAUGAAGAUGAAGAUGGGGGAGGCAGAGGUGGUGGAGAGUGGAGGGAUUCAAGCCUGGGGUUUUAUUGAGUAGCAGCACUAGAGAUAGAGGGGGAUGGGGGGUACCGUAGCAUCCUUGGCAUGAAUGGUGACAGACAUUAGUCAUUAGUGUUGGUAGUAUUAUGAUACAUGCGUGUGUUGGUUAGUUGUAUUGAUAGACUUUGCUUGGGGAGCCCUCUUAACAUUGUUAACUCUUCAAUGAAAGUAUAAUGAAGGCCAGGUGCAAUAAUUUGCCCAUGAAAAAUGCAUGUGCAUGCGUACAUACAUACAUA